CAUUUGUCCUUCACAUUCAGUAUGAUUCUUCAAGUUCACAAUUCCUCUCUAUUUUCGCUUCUAUUCUCUUCAGUUUGAUCUUCUUAGUAUUUUGCUUCCAGAUUUUCCACUUCCGAUUGAUGUUUUAUACUACUUAUGUCGACAGAUAUAAGUAGAAUACACCAUUUAUGUACUGUUGUAAAAAUCGAUUUUAUUACAUGCUUAGUUUAGAGGUUGAAUUAUUCAGGGUAAAUAGUUGAAUUCAUGUGUCGAUCUGAGCUAGACCACCACUGAAAACCCGCAAGCAUUGGAUGGCCGUUUCGUCCUAGUAUGGGACUCCUCAUCAGUGUGCAUACGUGAUAUGACACGCGUGACUCAAACCUUUUGCCUUUGGUCUCGCGCUCGAACGCUCAACCUUUAGACUAUUGAGGUUAAACAUUACCACAGUUGGAUACCAGCUAUGUGGGUGAGCACUGCUGAGCAGUCCCAUACUAGGAUGAAACGAUCUUCCAGUGCUUUCAAAAUAUUCAGUAGUGAUUUGGCUUAGAUCGACUUGUGAAUUCAACUAUUUACCAAUUUUCCCUUGAAUAAUUCAGCUUCUAACUUCUCACUAUCAUUUGAACUAUUUUAUGAUGAACAGUCGCUUGAAACCUCACUAAUUAUCAAAUCUGUUCUGAAUUUAUUUUCACAAUAAUAUGUUAAUUUUCAUCAUAUGGUAGCUUCGCCAUUGUUAAAAAUCUCUCAGCUUUCUACUAUUAUAUCAGAGAGUUAGAACUCCUUUUCAUUGUAUACAGCUAUUGUUGUCUGAUGUUAUUUUUAUCUCUCAGUUUGUUGAAACCAACUGGAACGAAGAAAUUUACACAUUUAAAAAUAUACGUUUGUCUUAAAGAACAUACUGUAGUGAACAAGAACACUAGUGAAGAUCAAAUGUAUUUAAACACGAAAUUACAGAAUAUCUCACCAAAAUCUGAGAACCAUACUGUAAAUACUUCAUUUACACAAUGUCAAUCAAUUGUCUCAAACUUAACUGUUCCUUUUGCAAAUAUCAGUCCAUCGUCUCAGAUUUCAUUGUUCCUGCUUUUUCAUACUAAUUUCAUUCCGUUCUCAUUUUUCUCCUUAGUUCUCUAUUGA